UCGUACACAGAGAUAGCAACAGAUCCAACAGACUGUUCACAAAAACUAAAAACCCUUUUACUGCGGGGUAGGAUAUCCUGUAACAGUCCAUCCUUUAUUUCUGUUGCUGAAGAAAGACUGUUAAGCUUGAAAUUACAGUGAACCCUGCAGUGUGUUUAGAAAUAUAGGACUAUUUGUAUAUUUACGUUGUGGUGGAGAUUAUAUUGCAUUGUUUUGGUUUGGCAAAACGAGUUUAACGGAGACUUUCUAUCGGCUCGGUGGACCUUUCAGGCUUUGUGGAUGCACUUAGAUGUUUGCAAUGAGCACUGUGGCUGGCAUGCCCCAGUGUUUUGGAUGCCAAUGUGUAGGACUCCGUAGAAGUCGAUUGUAUCAGCAGCGAACGUCAUGAGCAUAGUGAUCCCAAUAGGGUUUGACACAACGGAGACCUCGUAUUUGGAAAUGGCUGCAGGCUCAGAACCGGAAUCUGUAGAAGCGAGCCCUGUGGUGGUAGAAAAAUCAAACAGUUAUCCACACCAAUUAUAUACCAGCAGUUCUCAUCAUUCGCACAGUUACAUUGGUUUGCCUUACGCAGACCAUAAUUAUGGUGCUCGUCCUCCACCAACACCCCCAGCAUCCCCUCCUCCAGCAGUUGUGAUAGGAAAAAAUGACGUGAGCAUAUUCACUACUGCUAAUUUUGAUGAGACCUCCAGUGCCACCACGAUCAGCACUUCUGAGGAUGGAAGUUACGGGACAGAUAUUACUAGAUGCAUCUGUGGGUUCACCCAUGACGAUGGAUACAUGAUCUGUUGUGACAAAUGCAGUGUGUGGCAGCAUAUAGAUUGCAUGGGUAUCGACAGGCAGCAUAUUCCAGAAACCUACCUGUGUGAUCGUUGUCAGCCUCGGAGUUUGGAUAGAGACAGAGCUAUGUUGUUACAAACAAGGAAAAGAGAAAAUAUGUCAGGAGUUAACACUCGCCACCCUCCAGUCCUUUGGUACAAUUCCUGUUUCCAACGAAUUUUGGAAAAUUAUGAUGGAGACACCAGUGCAACAGAAAGUGGAGAUGAGGUACCUGUGGAGCUAUACACUGCCUAUCAGCAAAUCCCUACAACUAUCACAUUGACAGCCACUAGGGUAACAAAGGUAAAUGAGAAAAAACGAAAGAAAAGUGGAGAAAAGGAGCAGUUUGCUGCAAAAUCAAGAAAGCCUUUCCGGGAAGGAUCUCGAAAAUCUUCAAGGGUAAAGCAAAGUUCAGUUUCAGAAACCGAUGCCGUUGAUAAUGCCGGUUUUGUGUGGGAGAACAAAAUCAAAACAUGGAUGGAUCGGUAUGAAGAAGCAGAUGGGAAUCAGUAUAGUGAGGAUAUUCAGAACAUCCUUGAAGCACACCGACUGGCAUUAGAAAUAGGCGAUGGACAUGAAAAAAUGGAGGUGGUCAGUAGAUCAGACCUAAGUACCAAUCUUACAGCCUCUAAACCUCCAGUAGAGAGUCAAGUGCAGAAAAACAAAAAAAUAUUGAAAGCCACCAAAGAUUUGCUUCCUGAUACCUUCAUUAUUGAAUAUCGUGGAAAGUUUAUGUUACGGGAACAAUUUGAAGCAAAUGGGCAUUUCUUCAAAAGACCUUAUCCCUUUGUAUUAUUUUAUUCAAACUUUCGAGGACUGGAAAUGUGUGUUGAUGCAAGAACAUUUGGAAAUGAAGCACGAUUCAUUAGGCGGUCAUGUAUACCAAAUUCAGAGGUUCGCCAUAUAAUUGAAGAUGGUAUGAUUCAUCUUCAUAUCUACUCCAAGAGAAGCAUUCCAAAGGGUACAGAAAUUACCAUUGGAUUUGACUUUGAUUAUGGAAACUGUAAAUACAAAGUGGAUUGUGCUUGUCUGAAAGGGAAUCCAGAUUGUCCAGUCCUCAAACAAAAUUUGGAGCCAACCGAGAACAUCAGCAUGGGUUACGAAACAAGAAGGAAAAAAGGAAAGAAAGAAAAGGACGGCUUGAAAGAAAAGGAUGCUCAAAAUCAAAAUAUUUCUUCUGAUACUGAAGGAAUGGCCACCAAAACUAAAGGAUUAGAUAACAAACAGAGGAAACUCUCUCCCCUCAGGGUGUCUUUGACUAACAAUCAGGAGCCAGAUUUUAUUGAGGAUAUAGAAGAAAAACCUCCAGUUAGCAAUGAAGUAGAGAUGGAGUCUGAGGAGCAGAUUGCAGAGAGAAAAAGAAAGAUGACUAGAGAAGAACGAAAAAUGGAAGCCAUCAUGCAAGCAUUUGCAAAGAUGGAGAAGAGAGAGAAAAGAAGAGAACAGGCCUUAGAGCGAAUCAGCACAGCAAAAGAUGUUAAACUGGAGAGCAAAGAAACACAAGCAGUACCCAUCUCAGAUUCCACACAGGAAUCAGUGAAGGAAGAAGUCGUAAGUAAGCCAAAUCCUGCCAAGAUAAACAGAGCAAAACAGAGGAAAAGCUUCUCUCGCAGUCGGACUCACAUAGGACAGCAACGCCGGAGACAUAGAACUGUUAGUACCUGCUCUGACAUUCCUCCAUCUUCUCCAGAAGUCGAUGUCCAACAGAAUGAAGUUGAAAAUAAUUUUGCUGAGACUGCACCUAGGUCAUGUGAUGCUAACAUGGAGGAAGAAGCAAUUGAAGUAGAACCAGCAGCAGUAGCAGCAACAGAAACAACCACAAUAACAACAGAAGAAUCAGCUGGAACACCAUCACCAUCCAUCAACAAAACCACAACUAAAUAUCCCAAAACAAAAAAGCACUUGGUCACUGAAUGGUUGAAUGAGAAGGCUGGUAAACUAAUUGACAGCCCUUUAGAGAGACCUCUGCGAAUAACAACUGAUCCUGAAGUUCUCGCUACACAGUUGAAUUCGUUACCUGGCCUUGCACACAGUCCUCAUAUAUAUACAACGCCUAAGCACUAUAUUCGCUUUUGCUCCCCGUUCUUGACAGAGAGAAGACGUCGGAUAGAAACAGUGGAACCAAAGGUUGGAUCUUGCAAAAAGCGUUGGUUAAAACAGGCCUUGGAGGAUGAGACUUCAACAGUUGCUGAUGCUUUUGAUUCAACUUCUUUUGAUGGCUCUCUAAGUCCAGCAAUGAGUGGAGAAACUAACAGCCCAGGCACUGUUGCCCUCAGUGGAAAUUGCUGUUUGACAGAAUUGAUUACUCCUUUAAAGAAAAGAAGAUUACGCCAUUUAACAGAAUCUGGUCUACCUGAGCCCUUCACUCCAGUCGCUUCUCCGCAGACAACUCCCCCAUUUAUAGAUAUCACUGCCUCAGAUCCUUCUUUGUGUAGUACUCCAACAAAGGGAAAAAUAGAAGAUGAAUCUUGUAGAAAUGGCCUGAAACCUGUUUAUUCUCCAGUGACACCUGUAACACCCAACCUUCAUGGAAAUAGUCUGCAGUUUGAAAACAUUUCAUCACCUGAAAGUUCCCCAGAAGUUAAGCGAAGGAUUUAUACUCAUGAGAUUUCUGACAAAGUGUCCUCCCUCUUAGCACUGAAUUCUUUACGGAGCUCCAAACUAACAGAAAUGGGACUACAUGAUGUAAAGACUAUUGGAGAUGUUAGCCCAAGAAGCAGAACAGAAAUUAACCAAUGUGUUAGUGGUAUUGAAUCUGUUUCGGAACUCCAGACAGGAUUUGAAUUGUGUGAGCAGCACACACUGCACAAAGAUUUAGAUUGCCCUAUUCACCAUGAUCGGACUGAUGCAAACAGCCAAUCAGAACCUAUUUACAGUGGAAUGGGCUCUGUGUACUCUUCAUGGAUGAAGAGCCCAGAACGACCGAGCUUAAAUUUCUCGCCAUUGAAUUCUAAUCUUCGGGAUCUUACACCCUCACAUCAGUUGGAGAUAGGUGGUGGCUUUCGGGCGAAUGAAUCGAAAAUGCUUCAAGAUGACACCAGACUGUCAUUUCCAGAAGGAGCUGGUUAUUACUGCUCUGAGGACGGGAUGAUCAAUUUUGGCAAAGGGAUUAAUGGGGACAGUACAACAGAGGGAAACUGUACACCACAAAAUCCACCACAGAAGAAAAAAGUUUCUCUACUGGAGUAUCGUAAAAGGCAGAGGGAAGCAAGGCAAAGUGGUUCCAAAUCGGAAAGCUUCUCUCCAAUUGCUACGUCACCACAUUGUGUUGGUGGUAGUGGUAAUAGUGCGGCCAGUAGCAAUGACAAUGGCAGCAGUGUAAAAGCUAGUGGAGAGCAGGGGGAAACUAUCCCUAGUCAUCCAUCAUCUUUGCUUGCAACGGUGGAGUCUGUCAGUCCCGUUGAAACUGGCAACAAAUCUCCAAUUAAGCAAACACCCUUGACAGAAAAGAAAAUAGAUGAGGCAGAUGUCCGAUGGACUGCUUCAACCUCAGUUGAGAAAGUAAGGGAAAGAAGUUACCAGCGAGCACUGCUUUUGAGUGAUCAUAGAAAAGAAAAAGAAGGUGGAACGAUUUCACCCACUCAUAGCCCAACAUCAACUCAUUGGCCACAGUCUCAUCUCCAAACUCCACCUUCAUCCCAUUGUUCAAAACCCAUUCCACGUCUCCAACUGAAGAUCCCAGCUUUCCAUUCCAGUGAAUCUAACCUAGAAGUUUCAGAAGCUGAAGUCCCAGACCAAAUUUCUGAAAAGGAAUGUCCAUCUCCAGUGAGUUCUCAAAAGCAUAAUAUAAGCCCUACAAAAUUAAACAAGCCUUGUCCGUCGCCUCCUCCAGUUUCAUCCCAGUCCCAGGUAAAGACGCAGGCAAAGGCUUCCCAAGUAGAGAGUACAACUAAUAUAACUGAGACUUCUAAUCUAAAUCAACCUAAAUCUGAGGCACAACAGAAGCUCCAUUUUCAGUAUGAUUCCCAGCCCAUAACAAAAAGUAAUUUUACUAGCCAGUCUGGAAAUCCACAUCAUUCACAACAUCCAUGUCCAUUACAAUCCCAGAAUUCAGUAAAGUCAUCUAAUACUCCGCCAACUCAGCUUCCGUUGAAGACUCAGUGUCCUGUGCUUCCACCACAUUCUGAGAAGACUAUUAAAUCUCCAGCCCCUCACACGCCUGGAUUGUCCAACUACCUUCCAUCAAGUUCUCAACCACAGCCUCAGACGCUCUUGCAUUCGCCAAAGUCUCAGGCGCAGCAUCUGGGAUCAUCCUACAGGACAAUUCAUUCACAGUCACCUCAGGUGGGAACUGCACAGGCCACAUCACACCGAGGAUCUUUUUUAACCCCUGUCACUGUGGGGCAAGUGUACUAUCAAUCAGCACAGCCUGGGAAUUUAGCACAAAAGCAGCAGACAAGUGCAACAUUUUAUUCUUCUUCUACAGCAGCUUCAAGUCAUCAGCCUGGUCUGAGUCAGUUCAGCCAGCAACAUUCAAGCAGCAAUGUGCCACCCCCACCGCCGCCACCCCCACCACCGCCACCUCCACCGCCGCCACCCACCUACUAUCAAAACCAGCAGUCUUCUGGGAACUUUCAAAGUUUCAGUCAGCCUAGAACAAAUGUACUCCAGCAAGGAGCAUUUUCUCCUGCACCAAGUCCUACCCAAAGUUUGCCUGGAUCCAGUUUACUUCAAUCUUCUCCUGGGGCCAUUUUACACCAAGGUCCUCCACAGUCUCCAAGUUCUGCUUUAUUGCAAACUUCUGGGCCACAACCAGCAGUAGCUGCUUCUGUACAUCAUGCAUCAUCUACAGGGCAGUAUCCUCCACCUGCGAGUUCUGGUCUGCAUCACUCUUCCUCAGCACCGACAACACAGCCACCUCCGCCAGUGUCUCAAUCACCUGGAUCAGGACCACAUCUUCUGCCUCUCCCAGGUUCACACCAUCCUCCACCUCAAGGACAGGCUCAACACCCACCACCAUUGCCACAUGUAACCAGUACAGUCCAUCCAGUACCACCAAGCCCAGGGCAACUACUACAUGCUCAGACUUCAGGACAUCAUCCACCACCACCUCCACCACCUGGGCCAACACCUCAUCACCCUCCACCACCUUCUGCAACAGGACUGCAAUGUCUACCAGCUUCUGGAACUGCAACAUCACAUCAACUUGCACUUAAUUCAGCACCUCCUCCUCCUCCUCCACCGCCACCACCACCGCCGCCGCCGCCAGCUCCAGUUCAUGGGACAGGACAUCAUGUUCCCCCAGGACAAGCAUCUCAUCAUCCACCUUCUCAAGGACCACAUCAUCAUCCGCCUGGGGCCCAUCAAACUUUGGGUCACCACCCUACACAUCAUUUAGGAUCUCCACUUCCACCUGCGGGAUCAGGAUCUCACCAUUCACUGCCAAGACAAGGCUCACACCACCAGCCACAAGGAGCAAAUAAUAUUGCUGCACUUGCAAGCCCAGGAUUUCAUCCUCCAUCCCCCAAUGUGGUAUCGCUUCCACAUGCAGGUCAAGGACUUAAACAGAUGCCUGCAUUACCCCCACAAAUUUCUGUUCCCAGACCACAGUUGCCACCAUCUUUCCAGCAAAAUAAUUUUCACAGCUCAGGAUGGCACUGAAAUGGGGCUGUGCUAACCCAUUUUGAACAUUAUUCUGUAAAAUAAGAUGUAAAUAUUUUAUGUACUGUAUCUUUUAAAGAUACUUCUUAAGACUUGUAAGUUAGACAUUGUAAUAAACUUAAAACCAGUGCUCAUCUUUGUUUGUCUUUCACAACUGUUUUUGAUUCUUAAGAACAUUUUACUCCUGUUGGAGUUGUACAUAUAUGUUUGUGAAGCCAGUGGGACAAAAAACAUUUUAAAUUUUAUUUUGUAAGUAGACAUUCCAGCCAUCCUACCUGAUAUUGUAGUGCACAGGUUGGCUCAAAAUUGUAAUUUAGUAUUUUAUUGUUGCAUUUAAAAAUGCAUUUAUUGAAUGUUUUGUAUAAAUUUUUUUAUUCAAGUAUGUUAAAUAUAUCUGCACUUCUAAGGAGUGUUGGCACUCAAGCAAUUUACUUAUUUUUGUUCAAUUCCUUUCUGUAGUAAAACUUUUUUUUGUAUACUAUUAAACUAUUAGCAGAACAAUGCAAUAUUGGUUUUGAGACAUUGCAGUGUGGUUCUUUUACUUUAUUGGUUAUUUGUAGGAAAGUAAUUUAAUGUAUAGAUUAUUUCUAAUUUCUUCUGCAGAUGUUAUGUAAAUAAUUAUGUAUUUACUUUUUUCCUUUGAUUGUAAAAAAAACUUGCCAAUGCUUCUGUCCCAUUUUUGAAUACUGUUGUACAUUUGAGUCCCUUUGCAAAAAUGUGUAUGUUCUUCGUGAGCUUAGUAUAAGAACUUUAAUUUUUUAAGAUACUGUCACAUUGCAGCACUGGUUGGGCAUUUUAAUCCAUGUUAAUAAAUCACAGUAAACUGCAUUUUUUUUUACAAAUUAUAAA